CGCUCAUAAACUGCAUCCUCUGCCACUUCCACAUCAGCAAAGAAAAACACAAAAGUUUGCCCAGAAUGUUUUUCUCUUCAAAGAAGCUGGCCAUCGGCAGCAUCCUAGCUGUGACGACCGGCGCCGCUAUUCUCGCCCGCCAGUAUGUCGGCCCUGGCGUUGUAACGGGCGCAACCUUCAUCCACGACCCGACCGUCGUCAAAACCCCCAGCGGAACCUAUCUGGCCGCCUACACGAGCGACAACGUUGGGCUCAAAACGUCCACCGACCGCACCGCCUGGAAGGACGCCGGUCCUGUGUUCCCCAACGGCGCGCCCUGGACCACCACCUACACCGGUGGCGCAAAAAACCUCUGGGCGCCCGACAUCUCAUACCACGAUGGAAAGUACUUCCUCUACUACUCCGCAUCGUCUUUCGGAUCCUCGAAAUCCGCCAUCUUCUUAGCGACCAGCACGACAGGCGCCUCGGGCUCUUGGACUAACCAGGGCCUGGUGGUCGAGUCCAACGCGAACAGCGGGUACAACGCCAUAGACCCGAAUCUCAUCAUCGACAAGGACGGAAAAUGGUGGCUCUCGUUCGGCUCCUUCUGGUCCGGACUAAAGAUCGUGCAAUUGAACGCGCAGACAGGCAAGCCCGCCAACACAAACCACGUUUCGAUUGCGGCGCGCCCGAACAACGGCGGUGCCGUCGAAGCGCCGUAUAUUGUCUACCGCAAUGGAUACUACUACCUGUGGGCAUCGUUCGAUAGCUGCUGCAAGGGCGUCGAUAGCACGUACCGCAUCAUGGUUGGACGGUCGAGCAGCGUCACUGGCCCCUACGUUGACCGCAAUGGUGUUUCCAUGAUGAAUGGUGGCGGCACGCAGAUGUUGGCGUCUCAUGGAGAUAUCCAUGGACCUGGUCACAAUGCGGUUUUCGCGGAUAGCGAUGGCGAUGUGCUUGUUUAUCAUUACUACAAUAAGAAUGGGGAUGCGAGGUUGGGGAUUAACCUCAUAAGGUACGAGAGUGGGUGGCCUGUCAUUUACUGA